AUGGUUAGGGAGCGGGUAGACUGGGAGGGCUAUCGCGAACGGAUGCUGAAACGUAUCACCGACUUUGAAAAGUCCAAAGCUGCUUUUGAUGAGGAGAAAGCCAAGUUUGAUGCGGAUAAGAAGGCCGAGGAAUGGGGGCGCGAGGGCCUUAAAAAUAAACUUCAAGCAGCUGAACAGCAACUGGCCAAGGAGAAGGCCGAGUUCAAGCGUAUAUGUGAGAGGGAUAAUGAGCGCGCCUUCGCGGCUCGGAACAAGAUUGUUGAUCUUGAAGCGAAAAUUGCUGAGCUGACAGUGAAGGUUGAAGAUGCGCAGGUUGAGAAGGCUGCCAAACAGCAGAUUGAGGUUGAGUUGGCUGAGACGAAGGUGCAAUUGUCCGACAAAGAUAAAGAUCUCCGGGCUAAGGAUGUCGAGAUUGCUGAGCUUAAGCGUCGUCUGAAUGAGCAGAUUGAUAGGUGUGAGUCCUUGGAAAUCGACCUCGAAGCAGAAAGAGUUAAGGCUGCCACUGCUGAAGAGGCGCGUGCUGUCAGCACCGCCGCCCUUAAUGUAGCGCAGACCAACUACUCGGAGGCCCAAGGAAUCGUUGAUACACUUGUGUCUGAGGCUGAAUGGAUGCGCAGUCGUGGAGUGGUGCUGGUUGCCAACUCUAUCCUCAAUGCUGGCGAGCUGGAUCGCGCUGUCGCUGCUCUUACAGAUUCUGCUCGCGCAGUGGGUCAUCGAGGGGGCUAUCUGGAAUGUGCCCAACAUGUUGAGGAGAUGCUCGGACAAGAGUUUGAUGUGAGCCAUUGCUCGGUGACCGACCAGGCUAAUGCUGCGCUUACGCGUGCUGAGGACGCUUAUGACAACCUUACUUUGCCUGUGAUGGAUUUGGUUGUGGAAGCUUUAAAGAAGGACGACUGGUGCCAGCGUCUCAAAGCCAUUCUCGAUCCGCCAGUGACUGUUGAGUUGUCGGAUGAGGAACCAGCUGGCGAUGAUGGUGGAAAUGGCGAUGAUGAUGGUGGGAACGAUGAUGAUGGCGAUGAUGAUGGUGAUCAACAUGAUGAACUAGAAUAG